AUGUAUUCUACAGCUCAACCCUAUCGCAACACACAGAGGUGUUCUCAUCGCUUGGAAAAUGCGCUCGAGCACAUGAGACGUCGUAGUAUACAGACGAAAUCUUCACGCUCCUAUGAACCAGAAACACCCUACUCACUUUAUCACUCGCUGUAUGGGCAACUCGAAGAUACCGACGAGGAUUUCUAUCAUCCAUUUAAUAGUGACCGUGGUUAUUAUGCUAAAAAUAUCAAUCGUAAUUAUAAACCUUAUUCAAGGCUAGAUUUUGAUGCUGCCUUAACACAGAACCCGAAUCCGUAUCAUCAAAAUCAAAGACAACCUCAUCGAUUGGCCGUGGCUCGUGUGGAUGUAGAAGAUUUGAAAGUGAGAUUACCAAAUGAAAAUGCUGCCCGCUGGGUAGAGGUGGAUAAAUGUAAAUUUAGUUCAGAAAAUUCUACACUCGAUACAAGACUCAUAUUUCCGGAUUUGACAUUAAGUGGCAAAGUGGUGUUGCAGCCUACGGGCGGCAAGUGUAAUAUGAUUUUACGUUUAAGACAUGCGGGCAUAGAGUUUCGCACUAUACCCAUAGGCUUUGAGAAGAUAAGCGGAGAAGAGUCGAGGCGUAUAGGAGCGGCGUCUGUGAGAACGGAUUCACAUUUUGCAGAACCCGGCUUUAUAUCAGUGUUUGCUCAUGGCUGUCAAGGACCCACUGGCAUUAAGUUACGCCAAAACUCCAAAAGACGCUAUAGUUUUGUGGAUGAACAGCAGCCAGAGUCUGCACCACAAACUCCUCUGCCCCCAGAGGUUUUAUUCGACAUACGCAGUGAGGGUUAUAUACCACCCAAUAUGCGUGACCAAGAAUUAGACUGGACCGAUACCAGUUCCCAGGAAUUUUUGGAUCCAAAUGGCGAUAACUUUUACCGGCAACAAUACCGUUUCAAACGUAGCAAUCCUUUCCUUCAUGGUCGCCAGACCUUAAACCCCGAACGCUUUAAUGAUGAAAUGAAUUUCAAUGAUGAUAUACUCAAUGUGUCAGAUGAUAAACUGCAGGAUAUAGUGCAACCCGAUGCUCGAGCAUUUGCGGAUAUAUUCUCGGCCAAUACAGGCACCGGCGGCAAUAUGUUUAACGAUCAUGAGGAGGUUAAUGAUGCCAUGCGAAAUGAAUUGGAGAAAUUGUUUUCCAUGGGUGUGAGAGGUCUAUUGACCACUUAUAUGCAAAGAGCUUUACAACCAGCCAUCAAAGAAACUUUAAUGGAGAAUAUGGGUUACACCAUUAGUUAUGGUUAAUCUUGUUGAAAACAAG